GCGGCCGAGGCUCCUCCAGGGCCGUCACCCAGGGGCUCAGCUCCCAGCUCCGCCGCCUCCAGCACCCAGCACCCAGCACCCAGCACCCAGCACCAUGCGGGAGAUUGUGCAUCUGCAGGCCGGCCAGUGUGGAAACCAGAUCGGAGCCAAGUUCUGGGAGGUGAUCAGUGACGAGCAUGGCAUUGACCCCACGGGCGCCUACCACGGGGACAGUGACCUGCAGCUGGAACGGAUCAACGUGUAUUACAACGAGGCCACAGGAGGGAAUUAUGUGCCCAGAGCUGUGCUGGUGGACCUGGAACCCGGGACCAUGGACUCCGUCCGCUCGGGGCCCUUUGGACAGAUCUUCCGGCCUGACAACUUCGUGUUCGGCCAGUCGGGAGCCGGCAACAACUGGGCCAAGGGCCACUACACCGAGGGCGCGGAGCUGGUGGACGCGGUCCUCGACGUGGUCCGUAAGGAGGCGGAGAGCUGCGACUGUCUGCAGGGCUUCCAGCUGACCCACUCGCUGGGCGGGGGCACGGGCUCGGGCAUGGGCACCCUGCUCAUCAGCAAGAUCCGCGAGGAGUUCCCCGACCGCAUCAUGAACACCUUCAGCGUGGUGCCCUCCCCCAAGGUCUCGGACACGGUGGUGGAGCCUUACAACGCCACCCUGUCCGUGCACCAGCUGGUGGAGAACACGGACGAGACGUACUGCAUCGACAACGAGGCCCUGUACGACAUCUGCUUCCGCACCCUGAAGCUCACCACCCCCACCUACGGGGACCUCAACCACCUGGUGUCGGCCACCAUGAGCGGGGUGACCACCUGCCUGCGCUUCCCGGGCCAGCUCAACGCCGACCUGCGCAAGCUGGCCGUCAACAUGGUGCCCUUCCCCCGCCUGCACUUCUUCAUGCCCGGCUUCGCCCCCCUGACCAGCCGGGGCAGCCAGCAGUACCGGGCCCUGACGGUCCCCGAGCUGACCCAGCAGAUGUUCGACGCCAAGAACAUGAUGGCCGCCUGCGACCCCCGCCAUGGCCGCUACCUGACGGUGGCCGCCGUCUUCCGGGGCCGCAUGUCCAUGAAGGAGGUGGACGAGCAGAUGCUCAGUGUCCAGAGCAAGAACAGCAGCUACUUCGUCGAGUGGAUCCCCAACAACGUCAAGACGGCCGUGUGUGACAUCCCGCCCCGGGGGCUGAAGAUGGCCGCCACCUUCAUCGGCAACAGCACGGCCAUCCAGGAGCUGUUCAAGCGCAUCUCGGAGCAGUUCACGGCCAUGUUCCGGCGCAAGGCCUUCCUGCACUGGUACACGGGCGAGGGCAUGGACGAGAUGGAGUUCACCGAGGCCGAGAGCAACAUGAACGACCUGGUGUCCGAGUACCAGCAGUACCAGGACGCCACGGCCGAGGAGGGCGAGUUCGAGGAAGAGGCCGAGGAGGAGGUGGCCUAAGAGGGGGGGCGCCCCAGCCCCAGCCCUGCCCAGACCAGCCCUGCGCCGUUGGCUUCCUGUCUGGCCUUGACUAC